AUGCAUGCUCUCCUUUGCCUUCUCUGUGCGGCAGUUGUGGCUGCUAGUCCUCUCGAGCAACGGGAUACUGUAACGUCUACCGUCAACUUGGGCAACAAUACCGGCACGCCCCAGCACCUGGCUUCCGGCUUCAUCUAUGGCAUUCCCGACCAGCCGAAUCAGAUACCGGAUCACUUCUACACGGGCAUUGGCUUUAAUUAUGCCAGGGCUGGAGGAGCUCAGGUAGCUGCCCCAGGCCGUGGCUGGAUUUGGGGGCUGUCGGAAUACAAGGUUCGAUUCGCAUCUGCGCUUUCAAAUUACAAGACAGCCAGGAAGUACAACGCCAACUUCAUUUUCCUAAUCCAUGAUCUCUGGGGGGCGGACGGGAGUCAGAAUUCAACUGCGCCGUAUCCUGGAGACAAUGGAGACUGGACCAGUUGGGAUAAUUACCUUACACAGUGGAUCUCGGAUAUGAAUGCCAAUUCUGCCACUGCUGGUCUGUCUAUCGAUAUUUGGAACGAGCCAGAUCUCACAUACUUCUGGAAAGCCUCACAAGCACAGUAUAUCCAGAUGUGGGGUAGAACAUACCACCGCUUAAGGCAGGCGUGGCCGUCGGUGAAACUUAUUGGACCAGCUUUUGCAGGCCAACCCGACCGUUCAAACACGUGGUGGACUAAUUUCUUGAGUUUUGUUGCUAGCAACUCUAGUGUGCCUGACGAGUACGUCUGGCAUAUGGAAGGAGGAGGAGGAGACAUGGAAGGGGCAUACGGUGCUCUAGUUGGCAUACUUCAAACCUACAAGCUUCCUAUCAAACCUUUAAACAUCGACGAGUAUGCCACAUUCCCUGAACAGGUUCCUGCCGGCUCGGCGUGGUGGAUUUCCCAACUUGAACGAGUCAAUGCCGUUGGCCUUCGAGGAAAUUGGCUCAGCGGAUCCCAGUUGCACGACUUCAUGGGAUCUCUGGUGUCGAAAACAAAUACGAAUAGCCCAACAGGUACGGGUUACUAUCCAAAUGGCGACUAUCAAGUUUACCAGUAUUACAACCUCAACAUGACCGGAUAUCGCGUCGGAACCUCUCCGUCAGCCGACCUCAAACUCGAUACUUUCGCUACCGUUGGCAAGGAUAUGGUAAGAGUCCUCACUGGAGUUCGAAUUACGUCUGGAACCUGGCAGAUCACAAUCAACAGUCUGUCGUCUGUGGGGUUGCCAUCUUCUGGAUCACUUAACAUUCACACAUGGGGCUUCCCCUCCAACGGCCAUUUUGGUGAAGUUGAUGCUCCAAAUGAUCUUGGCUGGAACUCGCACGCAUAUUCGGGGAAUAGUGUCACUUUCCCUGUUUAUCAAACCGAUACCUCCACGGCUUACGCCUUUGAAUUUUAUGUUGGUUAG